GUGGAGUGCAAGUGUCCGCAUCUAUGAGAAAAUGAUUCACAACGUAGUCAAUAUCUGCCAUUCAACGAAUUAAGAGAGGCAAUUAUUCUACGAUUACAAUGGCUGAAGUUCAGGUACGGGUGCUGUAUGACUUUGAAGCCCAGCCAGGGACAGGGGAGAUGUCCUUAAGAGAAGGAGAAAUUCUAACAGUGACUCGGCAAAAUGUUGGGGACGGCUGGUGGGAGGGUACCAAUGCACUGGGGGAAGCUGGGCUUUUUCCUGCUGCAUACACAGAGGAGGUGAGCAGCGCCCCGCCGUCCAUGCCUCCUCCUAGUCUGCCUCCUGAGUACAAAGCUGCCUCUGCCUCAUCUUGGGAUGCCUGGGAGUCCAACACUCCUGCUAACACUGCCCCUCCACAGCCUCACAACACGGCAUUUAAAGGGCAGCAGAACUACGAUGCAGACGACUGGGAUGACGACUGGGACGAUGAUGACGACUCUGAAGGCGGGGGUGCGGCGGGCGGGGGGGAGGCGAACCACGCCCAUGGGGGGAGCCUGGCACACAGGGGGCAUGCAGGCACCCACGCCCCCCUCACGGACGCUGCUAGCAUGGCAGGUACGGCGCGCGUUGCAGUGUCGGAGGUGGAGCGCGUGUACAUCGACAAGGACAGCGAGGGAGUGCACUGGAGGCCGCGGUCCGCUCCUCUCACCUGCGCCAUCUCAUCACCCAAGAAGGAGAGCAAAUUCCACGGCAUGAAGAGCUUCAUUGCUUACACCAUCACCCCCUCCAGCACGAACGUGUCUGUGUCGCGGCGCUACAAGCACUUCGACUGGCUGCUCGAGCGGCUGCAGCACAAGUUCCCCCUCACGCCCGUCCCUCCCCUGCCGGAAAAGCAGAUUUCAGGGCGUUUCGAAGACGACCUCAUUGAAUACCGCAUGACGAUGCUGCAGUCUUGGAUAGACCGCAUCUGCAGGCACCCUGUGCUGUCGCAGUGCGCCGUCUUCACGCACUUCAUCCACGCGCCCAACGACGAGAAGGCCUGGAAGGCGGGCAAGCGCAAGGCUGAGAGCGACAAGCUCGUCGGCAACAUGUUUUACGAGGCCAUCCAGCGGCCUGACGAGCCGCUCGACCUCGUCAUCACAGAGAACAAAAUUGAAGGUCAGAGUCAGUUUUUCAUGCGGUUGGACGAGUCAGUGAAGUCCUUGCAUGCGACCUGCCAGGAGCAGACCAAGAAGCACCAACUCGCUUACAAGAAAGACUUUGACAAAAUUGCUCAUGCUUUCAUCAAGCUCAGCAGGGCCUUUGAUACUGACCCUGAGAACCGAGCUCCACAGCUGACGGAGGCACUACACUUCGUGGGCGACACGUACACCAAGAUCGGCGUCAUCUAUGAGGAGGAACCGCGCCAUGACUGGGAGCCGCUCGGCAACCUCCUCUACGAGUACCGCGGCAUCCUUGAGGGCUUCCCUCAGAUCAUCGCUGCCACCAAGGGAGCGCUGUCCAAACGCAAGCAAGUGGUGCGGGAAGCAUCGGAGGGCAAGGCGGACCAGGACACAGUCGAGCCGAUGAUCCGCCGCAGCGACACCGUCGCCUAUGCCCUGCAGGCCGAGGUCCGCAACUUCGAUGUUGAGAGGCAGAAGGACUUCAACCUCGCCAUCACCAAGUUCCUCACAGAACAAAUUAGCUUCUACCAGAAGGUGGCGGAUCAGCUGCGCGAGAGCCUGGAGAAGUUCCAGUCGAUACGCACGUAGCACGCGGCCACGCACCGCGUGAGGACGCCACACUUAUUCCUCGACUCGCUCAUAGACUCGCCCAUUUUAUAACCCGUCUUCUCUUAAGAAAAUUAUCCCAGGUUUCAGAAAUUAACAAAUGUUCCAUGAGUGAGCUUUCUUCUCCGAUGAAACUUUCUAUCUGGAGCCAAGAGCCUAUUCAAUCUUCUUUAUUAUCUGAUCCUGCAACUUUUGACUAGAAAAUAUUCAUUGCAAUUGAAGUUAUAAAUUGUUAUAGGAGCACGUUUGUAUGCCGGUGAUUAAAGGCCAUUCAAGUUUCUCUCCCUUUGCGGAAUCAGCAAUUUUGAGGCCAGCCUGCCCUCUACUAGGUAGAGGUAGUAUGGUAGAAAUGGUCGCUCCAGCCUGUCCUCUAGUAGGUAGAGGUAGUAAGGUAGAAAUGGUCGCACCAGCCUCCAUUCAAGAAGGUAGUAAUAUAGAAAUGGUUCCGUUGGACAAUUACUAUGAUCACAUUUUCUGAAGCGGUCUAUUGAGAUGAACGUCCCUUGCAUCUAGCCAGUUCAUUUAAAUACGAGAGAGUUUAUCUAAAAUGAAUGAAUCAGCAGCUUAAUUCUUUUGACCUGGCAAUUGCAUUUCAUUGUUGGUGAUCCAAGAAGCGUGUGGUUUGGGAAUUUUGGUGGGAGCUGAUAGUGCAAGAUUCAGGCACCAUUGUAGGACGGUUUAUACCUUAUGAUUUUUCUUAUAACUUCAUGAUUGGUACUUGUCACUCUCGACCAUGAUCAAGUGUAAAAGGUGUCAGCAAAAUUAGCUGGCCUUCUAAUUCAGACAUUGCAUUGUUGAGUGGUCAAAAAGAAACCGAAUUUUCUUUUACAUAAAAUAUUAUUAGACAAACUUGGGGCAUUCGUGCUGCUGUUGAUCAGUGAGGCAUAGUUUUAACUAGCAGUAUCUUUCAACAUUUUGAAUAUACCUACCUACUGCAACAUUGGUAAUAUCCUUCAACAUUUGUAAUAUUCUGCCACAUUUAUUAAGGUUGAUUUCUACACGAUUUCCCUUGUGUCCGUGGAUCGGUGAGUACAUUCGCUCUGUAUCCACGUAUCUCUGUAUACAGUCACUCGCUCUCACCUUUACAAUCGUUAGCGUCAGAACUGACACUGAUGUAAGGAAUAUUAAAAAAUUUAUGUGCAUGAAUUUGUUUAUCGCAGUCUGGGCGUUUGGUUUUGUCCAUGUCUUCCACGUAUGUGUGUCAGUUGACCCACUUGUUGAUCUUGCUUUACAGACCGCCUUAUGUUAUAUGUUGUCCCUGGUAAAGUCUGAGCAAACCGCACGCAUGAUUGUUGAUGAUUCAAGUACUCCGUUUCUUGUUCGUAGUCGUUGUAUUUGAUGCAUUAUUUUAUCAUGUUCUUUAGAAAGGUAUUUUAUAUUCCAAAAUUCGUGCUGCCUCUUUACAAUUUCAGAAGUUUAUUCUAUGUUGCGCUCUUUGCUUUUGAUGUAGUUUGAAUUAUUUAUCAUUGAAAAAUUUUGUUUCGCAUAUGAAAUUUUUAACAUUAUUGCAUGUGAAAUUAUUAUUUUAUCACUCUAUCUCCAUCCCUGUAGAAUUAUUUGCGUUAUAUAUUGCGCUUUUGGUGUUACCUCGUACCUCCUAAUUUCUCUUAGAAUUGUUCAUCUGAGACAAAAUUUUCUUCUCCUCUCGACCUCCUUCAGCUUUUUCCAUCAUUGCUGGGAUAAACGCACGUGAUGAUGCGCACUUUCUGGCAAUGUGCAUUGUUGCUCCAGCGUUCAUACUUGUUGACUUUCUACACACAAUUCCUUUAGUUUCUCUUCUCUAGUCACUCGGCGAAGCGCGUCUCAUUCAAGCUGCUCAUGAAGAAACCUGUCCUGAAGGAUGGGUUUUUAAUGUCCUUUUAAUGAUAUGUAAGUUAUAUCUUUUUCCGCAGUCGUGAAACACACACGACUUCUUUUUAAAGUCGUGUCGGCACCCAUUCAAUUAUUCGCGUUUUAACCAACUCAUUGAGUUCUUCGAUUGUCGUGUAUUUGUGAUCUUUAUAUGUUUAUAUGUGCAUGCAAGAAGCCCCUCUGUUGCCCGCCUUUGAAUUUUUUACCGUGACGAAUUACUAUUCAUAUUUCUUAGGUGUUUGCUUUGCAGCGUCUGCUUUGUCGGCAACGCCGUGUAGUCUUUUAAAUAUGUAUUUAUUUAUUAUUUAUAUGCAAUGGGGACCGGUUAUUGUAAUUGCAUCAUUUACAUUUGUAGCACCGUAUAUACGACACACAAGUUCUUCAUUAUCUGUAGCUUACGGUUUUUUCAAUGUAACCCCAUGGUUAGAGGUAAUAAUAUUUUGAACCAUACCAGAAAACUAUUUAUUUGAGCUUUUUUUUUUUGGUUUGUUGCGCCGUUAUCCUCCCUGUCGACAAAUUAUGGAUAUGUUCCGCAUAGAUCCAUGACAUGAAUAUUAUUUCGCCUAUCCUUCUUCUGUGAUCAUAUUCGAAUUUUGUCUCGGCUCAAUAUACAAGUUUUGGAUUCAUCAAAAGUAUUAAAAGUAGCGAUGCUGUAUAUGUCGUGCAUAAAAAGGGCGAUGUUAUGUCUGCAGUGCAUCAAAUGUAGCGAUGUUGUGUAUGUCGUGCAUAAAAAGGGCGAUUCUGUGCUUGCAGUGCAGCGAAAGUAGCUAUGCACAGCGCAUGGAGAGACUUGAAUUGCUAUCAAGUAUCAACGCUGAUCCAUUGAUCCUGCGCACUUCUCUGGUACACUUAUUUGACUUCUGCUUCUGUAUGGAAAUUCUUCAAUGAUUUUCAGUUGAUUUUAUGCAAGGCUUUACUUGCAGGCGUGCAUAUUUUUCGACGUGUUUACUUCCCUCAGUUAGUUUUAAAUUUUUAUUGUUUCUAAUAUAAUUUUUAUUAUGUGUCCGUGAUUUUAAAGCUGUUUUUACACAUUAUCUAAAGAAUGUAUAAUUUAUAGUCUUAGGUUAGAUUAAGUUUAAGUUCCUUGUGUCUCAGUUCUAUCCUCGCAUUCCAUAAUUACUUUAACUAUACCAAUGAAAUGUGGGAUUUUACCUCAACUGCCUGGCCACAUAAGCUUUUUGCGAUUCCAGUGUAAAAUGGGGCGGGGGGUUUUCUAUAUCCAUGUUCUGAAGUUUACCUUUCCGCGUGCAUAGCAUUUGGUGUGUUCACUAAAUGGUCCAGUAGCGCGAAAAUGCUCGUGAAUCCAGCCAAGCGAUCAUACAAAUACGUGGGUUUUGGGUGGAAAUCAUGAUCGCUUCAAUCCGGAGGUGUGGAGCUUGCAUUACAUGUCCCAACUUGAAGGUGUUUUUGCGGCUGUUUGUGAAUAGUUUUAAUUUCAUGCAGGGUUGAGGACGUACUACAUGGAAGCUUCAUUGCUGUUUAAGGUGAUUUUAAAGUUACUGCAUGGUACUUGAAAAUAGUUUCCAUAUCAACAAUAGGGAGAUGUAAGCCGCUGCAGUAGUCUAUUGCAAGCUAACCCUAUAAUAUAUGAAGACGUAUUGAGUUAGCCAAUGUACUUUAUAUAAGGUAGACGAAUAGAAUAUAUACAGUAAUCCGUCAUGUUCUUCACUUGUAUUGAUUAUGGCGCUAAGUUCAACAAUGCGAAACUUGGUGUCCGCAUGAAAGGUGUACGCAUAAUGACUGCCAUGAACACCGUGUCGUUGAACUUCUGUUAACAGAAGAGAGCCUCCCCCCUUGAAGUGCCUUAAACGCAGCGUCAGUUGUGCAGCUUGGCGGCCUGAUGUCCCGUGCGUCUCUCUUGCUUGUUCUCUUAAAUCUGCGGAGUUGUUUGCAGCGCCUAUAGCUGGGAGGCGAACAUGUUUGUAGACAUUCUCGACUUCCCAAUAUUGGUUACUUUGUAGCUUAGGCUUGUCAUUGGAGAAAAAUUAUAGAACAAAUUUUGUCAUCUUAUACAAAUAUCGUAGGAUAAUGAAUAAUAAUUAGAGACAUGAAUGUACUUAUUCAUACAAAACUUCUGGGGCAUGACGAUGAAAUUGCUAACACCUUCAAUUUGUAUGUAAACUACAAUGAAUUUAUUCGGCGUUUAUUCGGUGAUUGCUUUUAGUUGAAAUAAAAAGAUAAAAGAAUUUAUAUCCUUAUGUUUAUAUCAAUAUGGUGUCAAGCCAGACAGACGCUCAAUGAUCUCGCCGCCUCGAUAAACCAUCUGAUAAAAUGUUUCCUGUUGUACUCAUGCUCUAAAUGAUAGGAGUUGAAUUCAAAUUAUUAUGUGAACUGAAGUAAUGUUUUGUUCAGGUUCUUAAUUCAGAUAGGAUUUUGAGAACAAUUAUCCCCUGAUUAUCUUCCAAAUUUCUUGGUGUAUUCUUUCCAUGUGUUGUAUCAUAAUCCAGCUGUGCGAGUACAUAUAAAGUAAAAGCACAACUUGGUCAUUUUCCACCUUUCCGCUUGAGCCUUCAGCUUUGAUGAAGAUCUUAUAUGUUCUCAAAUGUGAGAAUCGGCCACAAAUUGGUAGUCUGAAUAUAAUAGUUUAGUCGAGGGCAGCUUGAGCAGUUCACUUCCUUCUGUUCCUGAACAAAUCAAGUACUGUUUAGUGUAUCUUACUUCAGUUGUUGCUAUGACAGGUGCUCUGUAUCUUGCUGAUUGUUUCCUCUGUUACGUCAUAACUUUUAAUCCAUACUGAAAAAUCGGAACAGAUUGAUUUAUGAUUGAUUAGUAUAACGUAAAGUGUGUGCAUCAGCUGCUGCUCAAGUGGACGAUGGCAAGAAAAUUUUGCAAGAUCCUGUAAAAAUAUUAUGUUAUUUUUCAGUGACUGUGCCUAACAUCAACGUCAUUUAUGCAUAUGCUGAAGAUUCUGAAAUUUAAAUAAUUUAAGAAAAUUCAUCGGUAUGAGCAAGUUACGUGACCGAUACUAGUGCUGCAGAUCAACUGUCAUAUCAUUUAUGCGUGCUUCACGAGCUCCGUUUUUAGUUUUCCUUGAACGAGUUAAAUAGUAUCAAAUUGUAUACGAGAAUAAAAUUAUUAUAAUUAAUUACUAUUUCAUAAGUGAUGUCAACUUACGUUAUCAUUCGCUGACUCCAAAUAAUUCUGAAAGUUACACACAGUUUCUUUCAAUGCUUCAGAGUUGCGUAUUAUGAUGAGCUUCGGUGGAGAGGGUUUUUUUUUAUCAUUUUGUUAUCAAAUGAGGUUUCUUAUCAAGAUUACUGUAUAAACCUGGAAUAUUUGCUCUGCCAUCGCUCGUAAACCAAGAGCAUUGGUGACAGCCGCGUCAGGAACUAUCUAUGCCUGCUAUGCCUUCCUGCUUCCAAUCCUGAUGGCUUCAGCGCGUUACCCUGAUUAUUAUUUAUUAGUAUUUUUCAUGAGAAAGACGACCAAAGUAUACUAAGACUUUGGACUAUAAAAAUAUUUCUUUCAUUUUCAUCGCUGCCUGAGUCACGUGUUAAAUAUAUCGGCGCAUACGCAAGCCUUUCCUUUUUCGUGAACCCUCGUCUUUCACAUGGUGCAGGAGCUCGACGUUACCUCGGUGGAGCGGUCUCACUUGCGGCAGGAAAUGACAGUUACUUCCAUGUUAAGUUAGGAUCACUCGCUGACUGAGUCGAGAAGUCAUUUAACGCUUAACUUGAAUUGUACAGACGCUGUCGUGAUCUAUUUUGCUUGUGCGAUAUUGAGGGGAAUGUACGAUUCUAGAACAGCUCGUGCAUAUAUAAGAUUUUCACGAAUAAAAUAUUAUUGCCAAGAAAU